CGUACUUCUUCACUCCACCCCAUCUCUUCACCGUCCUGCAGAUAAUCCCAUCGCCAAAUCCAUCACUGUCAUCACCAGGCCCUACACCAAAACCCCGCCAAAACCCCCGCCAUGCCCGUACUACGACACUGCUGCUCAUCUCCGUGCGUUCUCCGUCCCACUAUCGGGCUUACCGGAGCCAUGCCAUCGAAUGCAUCAGCCAAUGCAGCUUUCCAUCUCUCUUAUUGCCAUACCCGUCUGGUGUCGUACUAUUCCCGGGCCCCACUCAACUACGAGACCCUCCUCAACCGUAUCAACACAAGGCCCCCCGCUUCCAUCAGCCCCCAUACGCUCCUCGUAGACUGUAUACGAGCCAGCAGGACCCUCCAGCGCAAGCCAAAGACCCAUGCCUCCAGCACUAGUGUCUUGACAUCGGAGAUGCUAGGCCUCAAGACUGCUGGAGGGGCUCAGAUUGAGCACACCUUGUGGAAGUUCUUGACAUCGCCUGCCAAUCGUCUCCUCUUCACAUCCUCCGACUCGUUGAUCAAAGAAUACGUCACCUGUCGACCCCAGCCCUCCAAUUUCCAGCAUCUCGUGGGACUCUGCGAGACCAGCAUGGGGCAAGCCUCAUCCAGAAACGACACCUCGGUAUUCCACACGGUUCUCGGAACCCUACUCGACCAGAAGAACUACUAUAACCUGUUUGUGUUGGUGGAUCGUACUGUGGGAUCGAAGAGGUUCCAGGAAGUGCGAAGAAACCAGCUUGUGACGUCGCUAGCGGCGUUGGUGUUGACUACCACAGGGUUGAGUGCCAUCGAAGCCUGUCUCUUGCCGUUGUUCCCCUUUUGGGCGUGGGCUCUUGUCAACUACGGCUUAUGGGGUACAGUUUACUACGGGCUUCUCAGGUCUAACUUGACCACCCACCUAUCACGCAUCCGAUGGAGGUCCUACAACUCUCUAUGGUACAAAUUCGUGCACCAGGAGGAGCUUGUUGCUGUGAACCGAAUCAUCACCCACUACGAGGAGCACAACGAGGUCAACGUGCGGAAUUUCCAUCACAGCGAGGUCCGAAAAGAGUCCAACAUGAACAUGUUUGACCACAACGAGUACAUCCUCGAGAUGCCGUCGCUGGACGAUGGCAAGGACCCCGAGAUGGACCAGUUGCAGGUGUACUUCAAGGUCCAGUUGCACAAGAAGAAGAUGGUGUUGAACGAGCUCGAUGAGGAAUUGCGAUUCUUGGAAUUCUGGUUGACCCACGGCGAGAACUUCGCCUGGGUAGAGCCAGACCAGGACCCAGGAGAGAUUGUCAAGUUGAAAAUCGCCAACCGACGCAUCGAGCCGGCCUCGAGACGGAUAGGAAGGUCCAAUUAAUGGGAGAAUGGAUAAUUGUGUCGGUUAAAGAAAAUGAAGCACUUGAGGGUAAAUAUCAGGUAAUCAGAAAAUUGUUAAGUAGGGAAAUUACAAUCCCUUAGUGGGACAAAUAACAGCAAUUAAACAGUUACGAAAGGGCGAAAUAAUUAUACAUUUAAUUACAGAAGAUGGAUAAAUUCAGUAAUUCUAUUCACAUUACACGAAGAGGAUAAAUUACCUGGCAAUUAUGAUAUUCCAGUCUAGACGAAAAAUAC